AUGCAGCCGCAGCGCGGUUGUCUGCCAGGAACGAACUGCUGCGUCAAUGUGCCGGCAGAGACGUAUGUGGCCGUGGAGCGGUUUGGGGCCUUCCAGAGAUUGCUUGGACCUGGAUUUGGUUUCGCUGGACUGGACAUCUGCGGAACUUGCAUUACAUUUCGCGCCAUUUCCACCCGUGUUGAAGAGGAGCACUGCUCAAUAUCUACACAGACCCGUGACCAUGAGUUUAUUACAGCUGAGAUUACCAUCCAGUAUUCGGUGAUACCCAAACAGGCCAAAGAUGCGAUCUACAAGUUGGUGCAUGAGAAUUUCGACGGCUUGAUGCGGUCUUUCCUCACCGGACCUGUAUGCACAUUUUUGAACAGGCUGAAACUGGAAGAGGUGUUCGGAAGGAAGGACGAGAUGACCGGUUCGGUUCGUGAUCAGCUUUCGGACUACGUGCGCGGCUAUGGGUUCACCAUCCAUCGCAUGGAGGUGACGGAGCUCAAGGUCUGUCCCGAUGUGAUGCAUGCCAUGAACGAGGCCCAUAAACAGCGACGGGCUCGCGACACGGCUGAGCUGACGAUGGCCAGCCAUGCCGCACAGAAAGCCCAAGAGGCCGCCGAACUGGCCUCGGCAUCGCGUCUCCGGGGCGAGCGCCUGGCAGCCGAAUGCUCUGCUAUCCUGGAGGGCCUACAGGAUACCCACUCCAAGGACGAUCUCUUCAGCAGAUUUGAGUCCGUCCAAAUCGAGAGAGCGAUCCUGGAAACCAGCGCCCAACCUCUCCCAGAUGAUAUGGAGAACAUCCAGGAGCUUCUGAAGGAGCCGGAUGACAGCGAGGAUUCCUCCUUGCUUGCGAGCUCCCGAGUUGCCGGGGUAGUUCUUGGACGGUCGACCCCUGGCACUGGACCACCACAGAACCUUAUGCACGGCUGA